GCUUCCUUGAUUUGUUUGCCUUGCAUCAAAUGUGGGUGGAUUCGAUGGCCAAGCAGCAUGCUGCAUCGGCCCGCUUCUUCAUCCCAGAACAGGCCAUUGCAGGCAUCAAAAGUAGGCGGUCAGAAUGGAGAGGGGGCUUUGCAGACCCUGAAACAUAUGCUAGAAGGCAAACUUCAAACGGAUGCCUUUAUUCACAAUGCAGCUAUUGCCGAGUUGAAAUCCGAUUGGUCUUUGGCCUUGGACAGUUUCAGACAACUGCCCGCGCUGCUGGUCAUUCCCAGUAUAUCCAGCUACGCAGCGAUUUCAAUCGCGCUCCCAAAAUCUCUUUGGACUUAUGUGUGCUCCUUGCUUCGUGAAAUAUCUUCCUCGUGCUUGAGAUUGAACACAAUUUGCCUGAAUGCAGCUGUGCAUCGUAUUCAAUGGAGCGCGGCCUUGAGUCUAUGGGCCCUGACGAAUGGAAUUCCGAAUCGCGUCACUUUGAAUUCAAUUAUCACAGCAUGUGAACGUGGACGACGGUGGCAAGAUGCAGGCAAUCUUCUCAAAAGGAUGAUGCAGCUACGCAUAGCGAAUGAAGUGAGCAUUGGUGCUUGGGUUUCCACAUGUGGAAAGAGUAGCAGAUGGGGCCUUGCAUUGGAAGCUUGCAGGACAGCAGAAGUAAGGUCACAACAGGCAGUCAAUGCAGCCAUCUCUUGUUGCGAAAAGGCAGCCCAGUGGCCAUUUGCUCUGUGUAUGUAUCGCCAUUUUCGGCAUUUGCACUCACACCGCACACAAGAUGUGAUUGGUCAGAAUGCGGCAAUUAGUGCAUGUGAGAAAGGCAGCUGCUGGAAGUCUGCUUUGAUCUUGCUUCAAACGGAGGUUCCAGAUGUGAUCAGUUACAGCGCAGCAAUCAGCGCUUCUGGUCGGGCGCAACGAUGGAAGAUAGCUGUGAAGCUGUUGGAAGAAAUGUCAGAGAAGAAAUCGUUGCCCAAUGCUGUAAGCUUCGGAGCUGCCAGUGUUGCUUGUGUUUCAAAGCAAUGGAGAUGGUCUCUUUUCUUGGCUGGGUGCAACUAUUCCGGCAAACGUGAAAGAUCUUCCGAGCAGACGGAGAUUGCAUGGAGGUCGGCAAAGCAAGUCAGCAGGAGGCCGUCAAAUCUCAACACCCCAGAUUUGACGUCAAUCCAGGAGCUACAACCUAAGGAGCUGAGUACCCUGGUUUGGAGCUAUGCAGCACUGAACAGCUUUGCAAGCUUUGAUUUGGGAGUUUGGCCGCGGAUUGAAGAGAACCUCAAGCACUUCAAGUGUGCUGACCUAGCCAGGCUUGCAUGGGGCUUUUCGAGCAAUCCCUUUCCAAAUAUCUUGGACUCUUUGCAGAAGGAGUAUGUCUUGCGCAUGGAGACUGAGAAGACUGAUGCUGUGUCAGCGCUGACACUGGUAUGGGCAUGCAGCUAUGCAGGCUGCCUGCGCAGCGAAACGGCAGUUGCCAUUGGAGGUGCUUUGGAAACCGUGGGCAGAUCAUUUGGUGAACUCAGAAUACCAAUGCCCAUCAUCAGCUGUGAUUGUAUUGGACCGACUGAGCCCACGACACCUCGCAUCAUUCGUGAAUUUUCCAACUUCUUGGUCCUGCAGAAGCCAUCAAAAUAUCAGGUAGAUGACGGGCUUCCUUUGUCAUCGGCAGAACCUGAGAGGGGGCUCCUAUCAUUCUUCUUGAAGGCAAUGUUUCCAAAGCACCCAGUUCUCCACGAUGUUGAUCACAGUCGAGGCUUUCUUCAUAGGUUGGAUGUGCCCAGUUCUGGAUUGAUUCUCGUGGCCAAGUCACACGAAGCCUGGUACAAGUUGAAGAUGCAGGCUGCCACCGGAGAUGUUGUCAGGGAUUAUGUGGCGCUGAAUCACGGAUGGCUCUCUGAAAGACAGGAAGUGGCAGCUCGAGUGCACUGGUGGCCUAAUGGAAGGAGAGCGCCCAGUGCUGUUGCAGAUGCUGGUCGUGUGGCGCAAACCAAUUUGAAAGUGUCGGAGCUCUAUAGGAAAGAUGGUCGUGGCUACUGCGGUCUUCUCAUUCGGAUUAACACUGGCAGGAUGCAUCAGAUCCGGCUGCAUACGGCACAUAUUGGUCAUCCCACCGUGUGUGACGGGAAGUAUUCUUCAAAGACGACCUUCAAGGAGGAUUGUUCCUGGUGUCCAAGAAACUUUUUGCACAGGCACCGCCUGAUCUUCAAUCUUGCUGAGAAGCAGGAGGAGGUUAUAGAUCCAUUGGCACCGGAUUUGGAGGUAGUGAUGGCUGGCCUUCGGAGUCUUCGUGCCCGGUGAGUGUACAACAUGUACAACAGUCGCAGAAUCAUCAAGAGCUUUAUUCUACUUCUUUCAGAAUGAGAACCAGAAUAAGUGGGGCGAAACUGAGAUGUCCGUUUUCCUCCAAAUACUUGUCGACGAGCAGCAUUGAGAAGAGCGAAGUUGGAGCUCCUUUUCAUAAGAACGCGUGAGCCGAAGUCGGAGCUGCUUGAACUUUCACUGCCCUUUAUGCGGAACGCCAUGGUACACAAGCAGUCAAUUUUGAUUGGAGUGUCGUGGACCAGGCUAUACGUGUCAGGCGGGUGAUUCCCAGCCGCUGAGUUUGGCAGCAAUGGCUCCCGAGCUGUGAG